AUGGAUAAUGAUAAACGAAGUAAUAGCAACACUCACAAAGCUAAUGAUACAAAUCGUAAUGAAAAUGGUGUAGACGCAGGUGGGACUAGUUCUGGACAAGGACGUCAUCAAUCAAGUUCUCAUAACCCUUUAAAUAAUACCCAGUAUUUGGUCGAUACUGAUGAUGAAGACUAUGCAGACUACACUUUUCGUUCAGAUUCUCCUCUCGAAUUACUUGACAAGAAAGACUUUCACAAUCAAAAUAGUGAUAGAAUUCCCUUAAUUCCGACAGAUUUUACUUCAAUUCACGAGGCAAUUCAGAAUUUUACGGCUGUUUUUCAAUCGAGAUAUGGUGCUCAACAUCCCCCAUUUUUUGAUGGCCCUUUGCAAAAAGCAAUUACAGAGGCAUUUGACAAUCCAAAUAUUGAAGAACGUCGUCCAUUGGUUUUAUACUUACAUCAUGAUGAUUCUGUUGCUGCUCAUAUUUUUCCUCAAAAUGUUUUGUGCUCGGUUGAAAUUAGUAAUUUGCUUAAAUGUCAAUUUCUUGUUUGGGCCUGGGAUGUUACUCAAGAACAGAACCGCAAGACUCUUUUUGAUUGGAUGAAUUUGGCUAACUUAGGGAAUCUUGUUGAGAUUCUUAAAGUAUCAAGCAUGACUGGAAAAUAUCCUCUUUUGAUUAUUUUAUGCAAAGAUCGGAGUUCCUUUCAACAGUAUACUUUUAUUUACGGUCAAGAAGAUGUAGCAAGCGCCAUGCAGAAACUUAUGAUCGGUUUAGACCAGUACCAAGGAAUUCGGCAUCAAAACCAAGAAGAGGAGCGUGGGCGACUUGAAAGGGAAUUAUUUCGACAAGAACAGGCACAGGAAUAUGAGCGUAGUUUGGCUUUAGACAAAGCAAAACAGCAGGAAUUACAUGAACAAAAGACGAAAGAAAGGGAAGCUGAAGAAAAGAAUCUUCGAUUACAAGCAAAGAAACAAAGUCGACUUAAUGAACUUGCCAUGAUUUUGCCACCUGAGCCAGAAGAAUCUGAUCCUAAGGCAAUUUCUAUUCGUUUUCGUUGUCCAAAUGGAGAAAUGAAAAUGAGACGAUUUUCUCGUGAUGAAAGUGUGGAAAUGUUAAUUAUUUAUGCUGAAUCAAUAGGUUUUGAGAGGACUCAUUUUCGUCUGUGGAAUUCUGACAGGCCGAAAAAAGAGGUUUCAAGUAUGAACACAUCAAAAACUUUUGAAGAAUUGCAUUGGCCGAAAAGGGAAAAUAUAACAAUUGAAGAAAUGUAAAAUUUGGUUGGACAUUUAAAGGGGAAGAAAAGAAACUUUGACGGGAAGGGAAAAUAUUGAAGAUCUUCAACAAUAAAUAUAUUUUAUAUAUGUACAUUGUUGUGUUAUAUUGAAGAGAGGGGAUUAAAUUAAUUUUUUAAUUGUGAGGUUUUUUAAAUAUUUUUUGUUAGAAUUUGAGUAUUCGAAUUUCUUUUAAAAAUCUCAUAAAAAAUCCUCUCAAUCUUUCUUUUCUUCACCAAUCUAUAUAAAUAUUUUACACAUUUGUUUGUGUAUAUUAAGAAACAAUAAUUGUGCAUCACCGAUUUGUAACAAUUUUAUUUUAUUUUCUUCCC